GUCUACCUACCUACAUAAGCAGCCGGAAAGGCAAACCUUUUGGAACUCAUGAGCAUGGCAGGCAGCUUUCUCCAUUACUUCAACCGUCAAGACAGGUCAUAUUCUUUUGGCAGUGACCUCAAAUAUGACCACUCUACUCAUCCUGGUUGCCGUCGCUGCAGCAACGGUCACUAGUUGUGAGCUCCCUCCUGGAACGCUACCCACAACCAUAAACGAGGGCUUUGCAAUCCAGGUUCAGAAUCCCGACUUCCCCAUCAUCCACAACCGGCUCAUGAACCUGUGGGAGGCCGGUGGUGGUGACAAGCAUCUUUACCUUGCACCUGCUGGUAAUUCCAGCGACUCCCUUACCCUCGUCGAUGGAGUUAUUACUCUGGCCACUGUGGUUCCAACGAUCCGCGCGGUAAUCAACGGAGAGUACACUCCGGAAGACAAUACAACCAAGAUGUUCAUGACAGAGCGUGGUGAUCCCCGGGCUGUUUAUGACGUGGCAUACGGAUGCAAUCCGGAUACAGACGAGGUCCAGACCGAGCUUGUCUUGAGUGCUCGUGGUAGCGAGCCGGGCGGACACAUUUGUGUGCGGUCUGCGUCUGGGGAACGACAUGAGUUUCGAUACUCACCGCCUGAGAACCCAACGGACGAUCCAGCGAGGCCGUGCAUGCCUGUCAAGCUAGUAGUAGUACACCCUUGACAUCCUGAGAAAAGCUUCAAAUGGUUAAGCCUUGACGGAGGGGGUUGAACACAUCAUGUUUCCAAGUGCUGCAACUUUUUUGCAGUGACCUGUUGGUCCUUAUAGAUUUAAGCAAGCACACUAGGGCAUUUAAAACCAUUAUAGCG